CACAUGCAUAUAAAUACCACACACACACACACACCCUCCUUCCACUUCAAAUUAAGCAAACUCAAAAGUUUAUAUCAUUCUUUUCUACCUUCAUCUAUUUUGCCCUCAGAAAAUGGCAAACCCAACGAUCCACUUCUUCAGCAUCUUGUUCUUGUUACAAACAAUCUCAGCACAAACAAUAGCUCCAGCACCAGCAGGACCAACAAACAUCACAAAAGUUCUGGAAAAAGCAGGACAGUUCACAACCUUCAUGAAGCUCCUCAAGGCCACACAGGUAGCCGAUCGGAUCAACUCACAGCUCAACAACUCCAACCCAGGCGUCACGAUCUUCGCGCCAACCGAUAACGCCUUCGCCACCCUCAAAUCUGGCACCUUAAACUCCAUAAGCACCCAAGACCAGCUCCAACUGGUGCAGUACCACAUUCUCCCAACCCUCUACACCAUAUCACAGUUCCAAACCGCAAGUAACCCCUUGCACACGCAAGCCGGUAGCAGCGACGACGGACAGUACCCUCUCAAUGUUACUACUUCAGGGAACCAGGUGAAUGUCACCACUGGAGUGGUGGACACAACUGUGUCCAACACUAUCUACAGUGAUAACCAACUUGCUGUGUACCAGGUGGACCAGGUGCUUCUUCCUUUGGCUCUCUUUGGCGCUCCCCCUACCGCGGCUCCUGCCGAGGCUCCAGCUCCGAGUAAGCCGGAGAAGAAUGUGAGGGCCGCCUCGGAUGCUCCUUCGGGCUCUUCGGAUUCGUCCACGGAUGCUUCAAGUGCAGUGGCUGUGAAAGGCUACACAGUGAAAGGAGCAUUGGUUGUUGCAGUUAUCACUGCCAUGAUGAUGAGUGUUUCUUGGUUGUGAAUGUAAGUCUUGAGAUGGCUUCCUUUCUUUUUUUGUUUUUUUUUCGUUUUUUGUUAUUAUUUUUUACCUUGCUCCACGGAAUGUCAUGUUGAUUGGUGAUGGUGAUGGAGAUCUCUUGUACUGUGUAUUGCUGCAAUAUUAAGAAAAAAGUUUUGCAUUCGUUUUUCUUUUCUUUUUGCUGGUUUCCAUUCGGACUUUUAGUUAUUUAAAU